ACGACAAUAACAGCGGGAGCAAUAGAAGAGAUAGGAGUAGCACAGUGUACGGAAAACUCGCUAGGAAAGUCACUCCCGUCGUGUGCAACGCCUCUAAACCAAGGAUCCUAGAGCACGAGAGUGGAGUAGCAGCAGGCGGCGCCAUUUAACAAUUGGACUUUGUUUAUUAUCGCUUUACCGGAGCGGCGACGGCGGCAGCGGCGGCGGCCGUCGAACGGAUAACUCCGUUGCCGCGUCCUGCUUCCACCGACUCCUUUUCUCGCGCUCGUUCAGUAACUGCGCUUCCGAUAUUAUAAUUGCCGACACCGCGACUGUCGGCGAAGGGAAGCUUACUCCAGGAGAAAGGCUGCUGUCGAGGCAAAGUGCGUAAAGAAUUCCCGGUGCGCGGUGACUUCCACUCCUAGCUCCGAGAAUAUUAAAUAUUAAAAUGGAGAACAGACCGUCGCCGCUGCGCUCGAGGCGGGUCUGUAGAUUCUGCCUGACAGAGAACGAGCCGCUGAGUUUUAUUUAUGACCGCGAGCUGAGCAAACCCUUCCAGGUGCCGCUUACCCUGCAGAUCAUGUCCUGUGUCGCCAUCGAGGUUUAUUCUGCCGAUGGAAUGCCACAAAUGAUUUGCACAAUGUGUCGCUGGAAUCUAGAUCGAUGUUAUAAAUUUAAACAACAAUGUAAAAAAGCAGAUGAAGCCCUACGUGCCUAUCCAAUAUCAGGAGUUCUACGAAGACCAUUCUCUCCGAUAACAAAUGAUCCCCCUGAAAUAAGUAACAAACGAAAUCUAGAAUCUAGACCUACAAAUGAACAAGUAAAGAAAGUUCGAUUGGAUAAUGGGGACAGAGAGCGACGAGAAACAGCUCACUCUAGUCAACGACAGACAGAAACUCGUGCUGAAAAGCAGCAGCGAGAAAAGGAAGAACGCCGUGAUCUCUAUGAUGAAGAACAAGAUGCUGGCAGUGAAGGUGAUAAUGAAUCCAACGAUGUUAAAGAUGACACAAAGUUGGAGCCUGGUGAGAUUAGAGUACACGCUUGCAAUCAAUGCGACCGAACCUUUCCCCUCCUGCAGUCUCUUCAAUUGCAUGUACAACGUGCACAUCGGGAUCGCGAUUAUAAGUGUACUGAAUGUGACCGUAUGUUCUUCUCUAAAUACGAUCUGACGAAACACAUGGCUACACACUCCGAAGAGAAACCCUUCUCAUGUCAAAUUUGUCAGAAACAAUUCUCCAGAGCUAAUUUACUGCAAAGACACGAGAAGAUUCAUAGAGAAGAGCUAAGAUAUGGCUGUCCGCACUGUGACAGAGAAUUCUUCACUACAGAAGAAUUAGAGAAGCAUGAAGAAGCUGUACACAAAGCUGUCAAACCUUUCCAGUGUAAUAUUUGUAAUAAGCGCUUCACUUAUAAACAAGGUUUGGAACGACACGAGAUGUUGCACAGCGAAGACAAAUCGUUUGUCUGUGAAUACUGCAAAGAAGCUUUUCGUACGAGUACGAAGCUCGCAAGACAUCUGACAACCCAUGCUGGUCAUCGACCAUACCUUUGCAAACUCUGCCCUCGGACAUUCCUACUCUCUCACCAUCUAACUCGCCAUAUGCGUAGUCACUCGGUCGAAAAGCGUCAUCAAUGCGAAGACUGCGGUAAAGCCUUUAAGCGCAAGGAGAGUCUAGAAGUCCACCAAUUGACUCACGUGAAGCGUACUGGAAUGGCCCUAACCUGCGAUGUAUGUCAAGAGUCGUGCCGUAAUCGGGCUGAGUAUGUAACCCACAUUAAGCAGCACAUAGAAGCAGGUGAGAAAAUGGGUCCCGAUGGCUUACCACCUGAUAACAAAGUAAAAAUCGGUGACACUGAAAGUGAUGAAGAGGAGGAGGAGGAGGAACAGUACUCGGAUGGGGACGAUGAUUAUGAGCCGCCAAGUUCGUACGUCUAUUCGAAAAAGCUGCAGAAAGCAGCCAAAAAUAAGGUCGAGAGCGAGGAAGAUCAAUUAGAGAAGGAGGACAAAAAGGAGCAGGUGGUCUAUGUGAGGGGGAAAGACGGAAAUGUUAUGAAGAAGACGAUCAAGACUUUAAUGCCAAUUCAGCGUAGAGGUGUGGAGCAACUACAGGAAGUAAAGCCAAAGACUGCUGGCAGUCCACAAAUUAUAACUCCAAAACAAACAAAGCAAGAAGAAACGCAAACGCCACAACCUAUUCAAAAAGGCAGGCUGGAUGAAACAGAAGCUCAAGUUCAAAAAAUCGUUGCCUCUGUUUUUAAAGAGCAUAAAAUACCACUGAAACAUCAAGGUCCUGAACAAAGUAAGGAAACACAGCAGGUUGUAGUGCGACAGGGUUCUCAAUCAACAGUAGCACCAACUAUAAUCAAAGAAGAAAAACUUGACACACCACUUACCACUCUCGCCCCAAAAAAUGUUAACACUGUUAAGGUAAUUAAAAGAAUAGUCGUUCGAAAGCCAAUGGGCAGUGGAGACUCGCCGAUUGCUGUGACAACUCCUGUCAAAGAGCUGGUUCAGGAAGCCGUAAAUGCCUCUGCUGCCCAGUCAUCUCCAUCGACUUCUGCGACACCAGGUCCAAAGAUUAUCAAGAGAGUGAUAGUUCGUCGAAUUAUACGUCAAGGCGAUACAACACGCGAGGUCAUCAUGAAUCCUGACGGUACUAUCAUUGAUCCGGCAGAACUUGCAAAAUUACCUACCGGAAAUGUGGUGAAGCGUGUCGUCGUCAAAAAGCCAUUGGACAAGGGACAGAAUAUAGAAUCAAUGCUGCAGUCCGCAGACGCUAAGCGUAUUAUUAGGAUGGCUGAAACUGGCGAAGAUCUUGCCAAAGGAAGUACCACAGUAACAGUGCCAAAAAUGAUUACUCAGGUUCAAAGUGUGGUUGAACAACAACAGAAAAAAGUAAUUAUGAAAGAGAAACUCGAACAACUGGAAAAACGAAUUGAGCAACAGCGCUUAAAGAUAGAGGAGCUCCAGGCUCGGAAGCAGCAGGGAUACGAAGCAUGUGACGAAAUGGUUCCAGAGUCGGAGGAUGAGCAACAAUUGCCCCUAAAGCGUGUUUUUGUUAAGCGAAAGCAAAGUAUAUACGACGAGGAAAAAGAAUACAAUGACGAUAGCUGCUCUAAAGAAAAGGAAUACACAGAGGAAUCUUCUAGUGUAAUUAAUGCUAUAAAUUCUAAAGAGGAAUUAUCCCACUCUUCCACGACAUUUGAGGAAAAGUUGGAUAAGGCUGUUAGCUCUACGAGAUCGCUCGAUGAAGCCAAAAUCAUUAUCAUAAAGCCCGAAGAAAAUCCUUCAGAUGUCGAUGAAAUGAGCAGAGAACUUUGCAACAUUCUCGAUUCAACAGAAUCGGUUGUGAAGAUGCAAGAGAAUGUCCUUAAUAAUUUGACGCAGGUGACAUCUAUUGACGAAGUAUCUUCUCAUAAAACGUAUGCAGAAGUCGCUACAGAAGCUGCAGAACAGGAAGAGGAAAGGUUGGAGACACCGAGUACGACGAUGAUUGAAGAGCCAAUUGAACAAGAGGAAAUCGAUGGUGAAGUGGAACAAACUCAGGAGCAGGUUGAAGAAGAGGUGAGCAGCCAGCAGGAUCCGACACUAAAAAUCGUCAUUACACAGUCGGACGAGAAUGGCGUGAAACUCCAAUUUGAGGAAGCACCGGAAGAAGUAAAUCAAAUAGAAGUAGUUGAAGAUACAGGGAUCGAGAGGACAGAAUCGGGUUUGUCGUCUUUAAGUACGCAGGUACUCGGUGAGUCGAGCGACAUGUUUGAGACGUCGGAGACAGCAAUGGAUGUAGAAGUGGUCAAAAGUCAUGAGCAAACAAACCUUGACGAAUCCGUUAUUGAACUUUCGGCCACAAAUGAAACAGUCAAUCUGAAUGAAACGACGGAUAGCAGAGAUAGCUUAGAAGACAAGCUUUCACAAAUGGAAGGUUAGCCCCAGAAAUAAGUAACGAAAAAGAUUUUGUAAAAUAAUUGGAGAAUGAAUCCUUUGCUCAUUAUUAUAACUUUCGGUGAAAUUUCGCUAUGCGAAUUAACGGCUCGCAAGAGGAAUCUUCUCUUCCAUUGGCUUAUUUAUGCGAGCUGUUUUAUGAUUUUUAAGAAUUGUUUUUUAUUUUAUUGUAUUAUGUCGAUACACGUACAUCAUGGGGUCAGCGGUAUUGCGUGCAUGAGUAUCGUUAAGCAGCAAAUGGAUUUAUGGACGAUAAAAAGGAUUCAUUAAUGAAAUAAUACUUUUGCAUCCCCUUAGAUUAAUAAUUCUAUCUUUUUCGACAAGAAUUUAUGACUGUAUCAAUCAUCUCGUACUUUGUGUGGCAUUAUUGUAUUUUUCUAUCAAUUCUUUAAAUCUACUGCCUAAAGGCUUAUAUAGAAGCAAAUUAAAAUAGACAAAAAUGAUGUAUGUAGCCAAAGUUAUAUAACAAUUUUGUUUAUAUUAAGAGCAAAGAAUCUUAAAUUUUAUAUUAAGUCGAUUAU